AUACCUCCAAACAAACCCUAACAAAAUUUCAUAAAACCCUUGACGGUUGAAAUCGGCGAACACGGAGCGGAGAAGACGACGAUAACCAAUCCAUGGAUGGCGUCGCUGCCACUUCUCAUCCGUUUUCUUUCGAUCAGCUUCUGGGGGAGUUGAUCGCGAGAGGCUGGCAUUUCAGAGACGUGGGCAAAAUCCAAGGACUCAUCGACGCUCACUUAUCCAGACCCCACCCACGAAGUAGCGUUGUCGAUUCAAUAGAAGCGGAGCUCCUCAACAUGGACUUGCGGUCCAUUGGAGGGAAAUGCUUGCCCGAGCCUUCUCUUCUGCGCAAAACCUCUCACCUUCAAGGUCCGAUUGUCCUGCAGGUCUCCUCAAUUAGAGAUAUAACUCGCAGUCACAUAGAUGAUGCUACAGGAAAUUCAGGUAACAAAAGGCUAUUACGGUUGAAGCUUACUGAUGGACAUUCAGAAAUAACAGCUGUGGAAUAUUAUCAUCUGCCCUCAAUCUCUGAUGAUAUGAGUCCUGGGACUAAGAUCCGGCUGCAGAGUAAAGCAGAAAUAUUCAGUGGCAUCGUAUUGAUGAAGAAAGAUGUAAUUACUGUUUUGGGAGGUGUUGUGGAGUCACUGUAUGAAGAGUGGAAAUUAGAGCGGAAGUAUUUGGAUGUCCCUCGUAACACGUUAAGGUUCUCAAAAGAAAAUGCGUCUAGUGGUCCUCCACCCUUUGAGAAGUUCCAAAUUGGGGCUCCUGCAAAAAAAGCUGUACCUGUUUCAUAUACUUCUACCAGUAAAGGAACUCAUUCUUCAUCAUAUGCCUCAGGCUUUUGUGGGUCAUCCUCUCGUGAACACGGACAAAAUCCAGCUGCAAAAGUUGAAUCAUCAAAGUUGAGUCAUGCUGCUCAGCCCCAGAAGACCACUGCAACCAGUGAUAGCCUACCUGAGAAUGUCAAGGCGCAUCAAGAUGUCGGUGAUAAUGAGAAAAAGCCAACCUGCCUGCCAGAGAGGCCAAAAGUAACUGCAUCGACACCAGUUCAAAAUCAAGUGGCUGCCCAGAAACUUCUCCAGAAAAUGAAUGAGCCUAAUUUUGAUAGACGCAAUUCUAGAAGUUGGAGACAUAGAGGAAAGAUGAAGGAGGAAGAGUCCCAUGUUAUCACUCUAGAUGAAUGGGAAAGAAGGAAAGCUGGAAUUAAUUUGCCGCGUGAGCAGUCCAGUAUCAGUCAAGACGAGGAUCUUGCCAGACAUCUUCAGGAACAAUUUGAUUUGGAGGAUAAACACAUGCCCAAAGGAUCGUCUUCAAUGGAGGCCACCGACUUAAAAAUGAGCAUGUUUAAUUUUGAAAGAGAUGAUAGCAGAACUGAUUUUAGAGGAAGAGGGAGAGGGAGAGGACGGGGAAGGGGCAGAGGAAGGAGAAGCUGAUGAUGGAUUCACUUCGAAAAACUGUUUGUCCCUGAUGAUGGGGGAUGAUUAUGCUCCGCAAUAACAGGUUAGAAGAUCAAGUAAGAAGCCUGGUAUUCCUCUUCAACUGGUGUGCAAGGUUGCAUAUAUUUGAGUUACUUAAUAUUGCUAUCACAAGAAUUGAAGAAUGCCGAG